AUGCAACUACAACCAGCAAAUAAAUAUAUAGCCGUGCAAUGUUUUUUAACAAAAACUGCUGCCAUGUGGCUUAGAUUUAACAAAUCUAAUAUUGUUAAUUGGAAAAAAGAUCGUGAAAAUGAUCAAUUAGAUUUAAUUACUGAUAAUCAAAUUAACUCAUCCGAAGAUUUAAGUAAUAAAUGUUUAAUUGAACAUGAACAAGGUUCUGAUUCACCUUUGUUAGUUACUAUUAAUGAUCUUGAUCUGAAAAUUCCAACACAAUGUACAAAUGUAGCAAAUGAUUGUGAUAAAUUAGAACAGACAGCAAGAUGA